UUUUCAAGCAAGAUGUCUCAGUCCUUGAAGAUUCUCCCCGCGCAAUACUUCCAACAGCUCGAUCCCGCCCAUCUCUCCCUCCCCAAAGCCACCACCAUCGUCCACCCUGAUGUUCAAACCGCCAUCUACGAACACAUGUUCAACGAAGCCGCAGUAUGGCCCCUCCCACCGGUGGGCUAUCGCACUCGCGUCUUAAAAACAAUCAUAUCACGGAUUGAGGAAGGAAUCACCGAUCCGGAGGAGGAUGAACUAAAUUCUGACCUCAUCGAAACCUGGACGAAUCUCAUCUCCCUCCCUAAACCCUCCCAAAUCCAACAAGCCCAGCAACUCACUUACAUCAAAUACACCUCCCCCACCACUCUGACAGCCUCCCAACACCCUCAGACAGUGAUCACAUCUGAAUCGCGCGGUCUCAUCUACUCCUCUGGCACCACCGGCUUCCGGACCUGGGAGGCCUCUCUCCACCUCGGAACAUACCUCUCCACACCCACCGGCGUAGCCCAUGUAACCGGGAAACGGGUGAUUGAGAUCGGCGCGGGGACAGGGUUCGUCUCGAUGUAUGCGGCAAAGUAUCUACAGCCGCGGUUUGUGCUCGCGACAGAUCGUGAGGGGGCGUUGAUUGGGAAUAUGAAGGACUGUAAAGGGAAGAAUGGGUUGGGCGGGGACUUCAGGGUCGGAGCCUGGGAAUGGGGGACCCCGUUGCUGUAUCCGGCUGAAGAUGAUACUGAAGGUGUAGAGAGGGACGGUUUGUGUUUUGAUGUUGCGCUUGGCGCCGACCUGACUUAUGAUACGGACCUACUUCCUCUCUUGUUUGCCACGCUCCACGACCUGUUUGAGAACUACCAUGUCAAAGAAUUCAUUCUCGCAGCUACAAUACGGAACCAGAAGACCUUCCAGGCGUUCCUGGACGCUUGUAAGAAUAAUCACUUCAGAGCGGAAUGUCUACCGUUUGAGUCGCCACGGACGGAGGACCAGACAGGAUUCUUUCAUGAAACUAGGAUUCCUAUAAGGACCUAUCGGGUCACAAGAUAGACAUCUCAUACUCCCCAGAAAUGACUAGUCCAGGCUUGAGAUUUGUCGAGCCUACCUACCGAUCAGUCACGGAGUAGGAGCAGUCGGGCAAGAUAA